GGCCCCACGCUUUUUUCUUUAACCCUUCGCCCUCGAGUCUCCAGUAAUCGAGCGCUUUCGUCGGACGCGUUCUUUCCCUGUCGCUUCCGAGCUAGGCCGAUCUCGAUCGAAAAGUAGAACCGAGAGGGAGAUCAGUAUGGGACAGAUUCAAUACUCGGAGAAGUACAUGGACGAUAUCUACGAGUACAGGCAUGUGGUUCUUCCACAAGAGGUGGCUAAAGCGCUGCCGAAGAACCGCCUCCUUUCUGAGAACGAGUGGCGGGCGAUUGGGGUGCAGCAGAGCAGGGGAUGGGUGCACUACGCGAUCCACCGUCCUGAGCCGCAUAUCAUGCUCUUCCGGCGUCCACUCAACUACCAGCAGCAGCAGGAGAACAACCCGGCUGCGGUCAUCUCUCAUGCCGCCCAAAUCCUCCCCAAGUGAUGAGGAAUGACUUCUACUUAGUAACAAUAACAAUAGGUGAAGAAUCUCUCUUUGCUUGGUUGUGGGUUAUCUAAUCAUAUAUAUAUAUAAAGUAUAUUUCUGGUGAACAUGUGCCAAAAAAAUAGUUUGGAAAUGAUGACUAUGUGUGUUUGUGGAUCCCUGCAAAACAAUUGCUUUUGGAAAUGUUUUGCUCAUUCUUCUUUCGUAA